CUAUACACCCUCUGUGAACGCAUAUACUGUGCGUCAGAGAGCCACAAACAUUACCACUCAAAAAGAAAAGGUCCAGCAGCACAAGAAACAAGAAGACAGAGAGACAAGAGGUGUAACCGGGAAGUGCUCUGCUGGAGAUGCAUCGAAAGCAGACUGGACGUAACCCCGUGACCUCUUGGUUGCCAAGGAGAGACGGGUGGGGCCACCAUGGCUGCCGGGGCUACGGUUGGAGAGAGCCAGCUCCAGAGGAUUAUCCGAGAUCUACAUGAUUCUGUUGCAGAGCUUGCUAAAGAGUACAGGGAAAGUGGGGAGCCCAUCACAGACGACAGCACCAACCUGCACAAAUUCUCCUACAAACUGGAAUACCUGCUACAGUUUGACCAGAAGGAGAAGACAACAUUUCUUGGCACAAGAAAAGAUUACUGGGAUUACUUUGCUGAUUGCCUAGCUAAAAUCAAAGGAGCCAAUGAUGGUAUUCGCUUUGUCAAAUCCAUAUCAGAGCUGAAGACGUCACUUGGGAAGGGACGAGCGUUUAUUCGCUACUCCCUGGUGCAUCAGCGAUUGGCUGACACGCUGCAGCAGUGCCUCAUGAACCAGAGGGUCACCAGUGACUGGUACUAUGCUCGAAGCCCCUUCUUGAAGCCUCACCUCAGUGUCGAUAUAAUCAAUCACUUGUACGAGCUAAAUGAGGUUCACUUUGAUGUGUCUUCCAGAGGUUAUGACCUUGAUGCCUCCUGGCCCACUUUUGCAAGGAGGACACUGGGAGGUGCAAGCUCACCUGGACAUACUUGGAAACCACCCAGUCGUAGUUCGAGUAUUAACAGCCUGGCCAGCAGUUACUCCCAGCAAGCAUCGGAGUUCCUCUCCAGCCCAGACUAUGGUCAGGGUCUGCUGAAUGACCUGAAUGACUCCCUGCCUCCCUGCAGCGAGGACGUCAACACCGUGGAAGACCUCCGCCUGGAGCUGGACCAAUCGGAGCUGAGGCAGCAGGAGCUCCUGGACAAAGUGCAGCAGCUGGGCGGUGAGGCUGAGGAGCUCAGAGCGGUUGUGGUGGCUCUCCAGAGGCAGCUAGAAAUAUCACUGGCUGCGCAAGAGGAGCAACGAGGCUUGCAGGGACAGCUCACAGCUCUGCAAGGACGAGAGGAGACUCUUUCCCGAGAGGUGGAGAAGCUUAGGACUGGGGAAAAAGCCAGAGAGGCUGAACAGCGCCUCCUCCAGGAAAAGUUAGCAACCACGGAGGGGAAGAACAUCGAGCUGCUGGCCAAGUUGGAUGGUGUGCUGAGUGAGAAGGGCCAGCAGGCGGCCAGUCACUUUGAUUCAGCACAAAAGAUACAUGAACUGUUGGACAGGUUGAAGGAUGCAGAGAAAGGGAAGAUGGAGGCAGUUGCCAUGGCUGAGGAGAAGAGGAGGCAGACAGAAAGGAUCGAGGAGGAGCUGAGGGUGAAGGAAGUUGCUGCAAAGGAGGGCGAAACAAAACUUGUAGCUCUACUCACAUCUGUGUCUGAGGACAAAGCCAAGCUGGAGAGCAAAGUAGAGGAACAGUACAAUGCCCUUGAAGUGCUGCAGGGCACCUUGACACUGAGGGAGAAGGAGACCACUAACUUACAGAGGCAGCUGCAGGACCUCCAAACAUCGUUGGAGCAGAAGGAGACAGAAGCAGAGGAGGUGAAAAGGAAGGCACAGGAAGACCAAGGGGAACUGCGCAAGCGUUUUAGUGGCCAGAAGGAGAAUUUAGAAGAACAAAUCACCGCUCUGAAGCAGCAGCUUGAGAUAAAAGAGACAGAGAUAACCUCUAGCUACAAAAAAAUGCAACUUCUUGAAGCCCAGAACCAAAGCCUGAGCACAGAGCGAGACAAACUGACCACUGAGCUCCACCAGCUGGAGAGUUGCAGUCGGGAGCAAGACGCAAAAGUUGAAGACUAUAAGACACAGUGUGCCAAUCUCAUGGAGUUCAAUGAAACUUUGUUGAUUUCAGCUAAGAGAAACGAGGAGCUAAAGAAGGAGAUGACAGACAGUCGAACAGUCAUUGAAAGCGAGUUAGCAUCCCUAAGGGCUUCUGAGAAACAGGUACAAAGACAAUUAGACGACACCAAGAUGACGGUGGGGGAGAAAGAAAAGGGGCUGCAGGAGAGUCUACAGCGGGCCAACAUGGCCGCCAAGCUAUCGGAGGCUAUGUCAAAGCGGCUGGAGAAGGAGAACCAGAGUCUGAGAGAGGAGCAUGACACAGUGAAAGCAUCUCUCUUUCGCAUGCAGGCCGACUUGAAAAAUGUUCACGGGCAGAUCGGCGAGCUGGAGAAGAGCUUAGGAACGUCACGCAAGAACGAAGUCGACCUUCAACGGCAACUCCGAGCUGUGGAGGCGACGCUUGAGAGUAAAGAGAAGCACAUUGUUGAGGUACAGUCCAGGGUAAGUACUCUGGAGGCCAGGGAGAAGGAGCUGGAGAUGGCAAAGGCAAAAGCAGAAGCAGCUUGCGUGAAACAUACAGAAAUGAUUGAAAUGGUUACGUCUGAGAAGCAGGCCAUGGAAAAGUGCCAGCUGCAGAAAAGUGCCGUCCAGGCUAAGGAGAACCAAGAGGUGACAGUCAAGCUGACUGUGGUGGAGGGCCAGUUGGAGGUGAGCAUGAAAGAAGUGUCCAGGCUCCAGACAGACAUCUUAGACCUGAAGGUGAAUUUGCAGAGGUGUGAGGAGGAGAAAAUGAAGUCCCAAGCACAGCUGGAGGUGACUGAAGGCCAAAGAGAUGAGCUCAGGACUUUGACCGAGCAGCUUAAAAUCCAAACAGAGGCGCUGAACCAAAAGCAUGUCACGGAACUACUGGAGUGUAACAAGAGAGAAGAGGCGCUGACCGAACAGCGCGACAGAGAGAUGGCCGCCCAUGCCGAGCUGUCCAUCUCUGCGGCUGCCCUCCGAGAGGAGCUGUCCGCUCUGAAAGCUGAAAACAACCGACUCGCCCUGGAGAACACUGAGACGCGUGAUGGCCUGCACAGGGCCAACACUGAGAUGGCCGAGCUUGGAAUGACCAUUUGUAAACUGAGCGCAGAGAAAGAAGAUGCCAAGAAGCACUGGGCAGACGACGCCAGCGCCCUUGAGGAGCUGAGGCAGGAGGUAGAGCGCCUGGAGGACUGCAUGGGUGAGUUACAGCUGGAGAACGAGCGACUGGAGGAGGAGCUGGUGAAGAAAGAGAAACUUCCCGAAGCUGUCGCCGAACUUCAAGAGCAGCUGGAGAAGAGCACAAGCCAGCUGCAGAACCUCAGGGAUUCCGGUCAAGAGGAGAUGGAAGCUCUGAAGUUCCAGAUGAGCUCAGAGAACAUGAAGCAUCAGGUCCAGAUGAAGAAUGUUGCAGAGGACCUACUCAAAGUCAAAGUCCAGCUUCAGGAGGAAAUGAGCAAUGUGUCCUGUUUGCAGAUAAGAGUGUCUGAACUAGAGGCCGAGAAUGAGCAGUACCUGCGACUGAGUGGUGAGAAGGACGCUCACAUCACAAAAACCGAAGCCAGCGUCCGUGAGAGCGAAAGUGUGAUCGAACAGCUGAGACACUCGAUAACCAGUGCUGAAAGUGCACACUUGGCGGUGCAAAACGAAUGUGAGGAGUUGAUGCAGAAAUUGAGCGCAACUGAAUCCGCCAAACAAAGUCAGCAUGUGAAGAUGACGGCGGAGAUCGAUGACCUCAACAGGACCAAGGUCAACCUGGAAGAGCGGCUCAUUGAGCUCAUAAGGGAUAAAGAUGCUCUGUGGCAGAAGUCGGACGCGCUGGAGUUUGAGCAGAAACUACGGGCGGAGGAACGCUGGUGGUUGGACAAAGAGGCAACUCACUGCCUGGGCUGCCAGGGCCAGUUCACUUGGUGGCUGCGCAGGCAUCACUGCAGACUUUGCGGCCGCAUCUUCUGCUACUACUGCAGCAACAACUAUGCAAUGACCAAGCACAGCGGCAAGAAGGAGCGUUGUUGUGGGGACUGUUAUAGCCAGCACAGCGCAGUGGUGGAACGCUUCAUCGCAGCCGAGCUGAGCCUGUCUGAUCAGCAGCCGUCUCCACCUAGGGCUGGGCUGCAGCCUGCCCCUGAGCCCGCCCCAUAUAAACCUACUCCCAGGGUCACAGUUUCCGACCAUAGCAACAAACCCGAUGAUGGCACUUUUGAUAUAAUCACCGAGGAGGAGGUGAAUGGCGUGUACGACAGUGACACCAAUUCCCAAACAACAGGAGGCUCUUUCGAUGGGGAACAAGAGCGAAGGCCGCCCGGUUCCUUAGAUAUAGGCGUAGGAGAUUUAACCCCCGAUGACCCUGAGGAGAACAAUCCUGCCGUGCAGGAUUCAGAAAUCAACCUACUCAAAUCAGGAGAACUCACGAUGGCUGUGCCGCUCAGCAUCGACGAUAUUUCCCAGUUUGGCGACGGCUCACGGGAACUCUUCAUCAAGUCCAGCUGUUACAGCGUGGUGACUGUCGGCGUGGCUGACUGUGGGCCCACCAUCAGCUGGAUGUUUUCCUCUGAACCUAAGAGCAUCUCCUUUAGUGUGGUCUACCAGGAAUCUGCCGACUCUCAGGUGGAGCAGUCAAAGGUUCUUAUUCCUUUAACGCGCUGCAAUUCCCACAAAGAGACCAUUCAGGGACAGCUGAAAGUGCGUCGGUCCGGCACGUACAUGCUCAUCUUCGACAACUCCUUCUCACGGUUUAUCUCCAAGAAAGUCUUUUACCAUCUGACCAUGGAAAAGCCCAUCAUCUACGAUGGAAGCGACUUCUCCUGAAGCUUUAGCCUCACGAAAAUGUUGCUUAAGUCUCACCAUGGCAACAACAGGGAUAAAAACGCAGGAUGAGUGUUACAAGAAACAUUUUUAAAAAUUAGUUUUUCACUUCGUGGCUGUCCACUGAAUAGCAUGUAUCUUCUGUUUUUGUGUCUUGGAGAUAAAUGCUUUUCUUUGUACAGAAUUGGUUGGCUAAGGUUACUCUUCAUCCAAGUGUAGUCUUUUUAACGUUGGUAUUUUAUCAUAUACACCAAGUAAUGUUCUUUUAGUUGAGCUGUGUCUGUUUGUCUAUGAAUACUGUGAUGUUUCUCAUUUUUUUGAUGUCUACUAAAAAGCAUGUACCCCCAAAUGUGACAAAAUGUGACAAAUGUGACAAAAAUACAAAAAAUACUUUUUUUAAUCACAAAAGUUGGAGAUACAUGCUUUUCUUUCAGAUUUUUUUUUUAUGAACAAAGGUUCAUCUACUUAUCUAUUAUUAUUAUAUUUUAUUGAUGCUACUUUAUUUCAUCUAAGAAUGCAAAUUACCGUAGAUGCUGUAAUUAUAGCCAGGGCCUAUAUAGUAUUUAUCUAAAACACAAGAAGGAGGUGUUAAUUGGAAGCAGGCAAUCAUUGGAGAGAGAGUAUUAUUGCCCUAACUUGAAAAUUCAUUAUAUACAAUCCCUUUUUUUUAACUUUAAUAAUGAUUUGGAGUGCAUGAGAAAGGGGAAGCAUAGCUCUCUUUGACCACACGGCCAUUUAUUAACAAGUAUAUUGCACAACACAGCAGCAACAGAACCGAUGUUGUAAUAGCGGUAAGGAGCAAACUGCUCAGCCAGCAUUAAUACUGCUGAAGACUGAUUAUAAACAACACUAUGACAAGUGUAACAGGUAUGAGUUUCACACCAACAGCUGAGUAGCGCAACCAACAUUUUGAAGCGCAUGCAGAGGUGCAGCUUAUAUGUCAAGUACAGCUACUGCCAUCUUGUGGCAUCAAUAAAACAAAAAACUUGCAUCAGGAUCUUGCUGUUAAUGCCAUUGUUUUUGGACCCAGCUCUUAAUUAGAGAGCCUGGUGGUUAUUUUAUUUUGUAGACCGCGGACCCGGUGACUCAGCGGUGAAUUUAAUAGGUGUUAAUUGGAGCAUUGACAGUGUCAUAACACUAACCAAAUAAAAUAUGGUAACUAUUUAUUUAUCUGUAAAAGAAGCCAGUGAUGACAGUGUUCUUUUUAAAUGUAUUUUUACAAUUCUCGGUAUUUUUUCAUUCGGCGUCAAAUGUUGUGCAGUUUUCUGAUUCAAACAUCCAAAAGAGGUACACUGGACAUGUACGGCCUUCCCAGGAGUUUUCAUGGUUUUGGAAAUUAAAACUUUUUAAAGGUUUGUUUUUUUUUUGUUUUUUUUUUACUGCCAUCUUUCUUCCUAUGAUGAGAUACAGUAUAUUGCUGACUGUAGCCUCCAAGUGCCUCUUGACUCUUAAUUGGCAGGGAUUGUUGUGCCCUGAGAUGCCUGCUGCAAAAAGCAGUGAGGAUGACGGUGACGUUACAGUAACUUUGUAUGUUUAGGAGUGUGUGGGUUUGACUGUUAUUUUAAUUUUUUUUUUGCCAUGUUUUAAAAUAGCUUCUGCUUUCCUUGUACUUGAAUUCUAUGGUUGGAUUUUGAAACACACACAAAAAAACUUUUCAAUACCACUACAUUUUCUUUUUAACUACAUUUUCUUUUUAAACUGCAAAGGGCUUACCUUCGUAGAGCUCUUCUAUUUGUAUGCAAAUGCUCAUAUUUUCUCUGCAGAGCUGUACUUGUUGAAAAUAUUAAAAGUUCACAUGAUACAA